UUCUGUGGACCUUUAGACGUUUAUGUUGUUGCGUGUGGCGUUUGUUCCCCAGCAUACGGCGUCUCGUCAUCUUUUGGGCGGACUGAAUGACCGAACACGCUGAAGGCUCGGACUGUGGAACAGAACCGAGCUGACACCAGAAUAUCCAUCUCAGUCCGACAGCCGACUGGUGUAUCGGGAGCCGUCUGGUGCCGCUGCUUGACUAUGACUCUGAUCUCCUGAGGAUUAAGGUUUGGAAGCCUGCUUGACGGUUCAAUGGCUUCCCGCAGCCAAGGCUUUUUUCACAACCACCACCACCACCAUCGCAGCUCUGUGGUUCCUGUCGCAGUGCCAAGGUUGCUCCCCGAGAAUGGCAGCUUGCUCGGCGGCAUCGCACAAAUCACCCCCAACCUCUUCCUGAGCCGAGGAAAUGUGGCAUCCAACCGCAGCCUUCUGCUUUCUAAAGGCAUCACCUGCGUGGUCAAUGCCACCAUCGAGCUUCCCAACUUCAACUGGCCUCACAUGGAGUACGUUAAGGUGCCCCUGGCAGAUAUGCCCCACUCCCCCAUCUCUUUGUACUUUGAUAGUGUAGCAGAUAAGAUCCACAGCGUGGGUCGAAAACGGGGUGCGGUGCUGGUGCACUGCGCGGCAGGGGUGAGCCGGUCAGCUUCCCUGUGCCUGGCCUACCUAAUGAAGUAUCACCGGGUGUCUCUGGCCGAAGCCCACGCUUGGGUCAAGGCCAGACGCCCCGUCAUCAGGCCCAACGGCGGCUUCUGGCGUCAGCUCAUCGAGUAUGAGAGGAAACUGUUUGGCAGGAACUCUGUUAAGAUGGUGCAGACGCCGUACGGGGUCAUACCCGACGUUUACGAGAGAGACCGCAGGAGCCUGGCUCCGUACUGGGGCUUGUGAGAGGGACUGAGGAGAUCCAGGAUCAACCAGUUUCCUGUUUUGUGUGUGUUCCGUCAGACCGGG